UACUGUAUUUUGAGAUAUAUAAAAGUAUACACAAUCUGGUUACUACUGACACAGCUUAUGCUACGAGACAACCUCAAAGGGAGGUUGAUUGAAGUUUGGCAAAAAUAAUUUGACAUUGUAACUUAAUAAUUACAAUAAAUUCAGGAUAUCCGGUUAUACGGAGUUAUAAAAAAUAAAAUAACGUGUUCUGCUGAAUUACGAGAUCAUGGCGGUGCCUACGGCCGGUGUAGUGGUCCCUAGAAAUUUCCGUUUACUUGAAGAAUUGGAGCAGGGACAAAAAGGCGUUGGAGAUGGAACCAUUAGUUGGGGAUUAGAAAAUGACGAUGACAUGACCCUGACUCAUUGGACUGGAAUGAUUAUUGGACCACCUCGGACACCAUAUGAGAAUAGAAUGUAUAGUUUAAAGAUAGAUUGUGGGCAAAGAUACCCAGAUGAUGCACCAAGUGUAAGAUUUUUAAGUAGAAUCAACAUGAAUUGUAUCAACAGCAACACUGGAGCGGUGGAUAAUCGUAGUGUGCCAAUGUUGGUGAAAUGGCAACGGGAAUAUACAAUUAAAACAGUUUUACAGGAACUCCGUCGUUUAAUGACACUGAAAGAAAAUAUGAAAUUAUCUCAACCCCCUGAGGGUAGUACUUUUUAGCCUAGCAACAGCAACAUUUCGUAUCUUCCUUUUUACAGCGGCAAGAGGCAACAUCAAGGUGUACCAAAUAAAUAAAUCCUACUUUUAUUAUUAUUAUUAUUAUUAUUACUAUUAAUAUUAUUAUAAUUAUUAUUAUUAAUAUUAUUUGGUGGCCUUUUAUCCCCUUGAAAUAAAAAGGAUAGAAACAUUAUAAGUUAAGUAUACAGUAAUUCAGGCACAUAAAUACAUACCGUUACACAUUUAGUAGAAAAAAAAAUUAAUUUUUUUUCUGGUGUGUAAAUGAAUUGAAGUUGUAUUUUGAAAUUUAAAGCAUUAAAAAAAAAAAAUUAAGAUAGUGGAUGAUGUAAUGAUAAAUAUUUUUCAGUAAAAAUAAAUUUUGCCUUUAAAAAUUUCUCAAAGAAAUUAUGUCAUUCUCAUUAAAAAAAAAAAAAAUAUAAACUUUAAAAUUGUAUUGAAUUUUUUUUUGAUUGCAUUAACUUUUAUUUGAGCGCUAUUGAAUUGAAAAUCUUUUUUUCUUUAUGAUAUUAUAAUUAAUAUAAAUCUUUGUGCAUUUCCUUUAAGCUAUUUCUGUAAAAUUGUAAUUAUAGAGUAAACAAUUUUAUUAUCAAGAACAAAACAACAAUUUGUAUAUUUAUUAAAUGAAGUAACAAAUUG